GUUCCGUUCAUUUGAUAUUAUUGAUUUAUUUUUUAAAAUAUUCCCUCUGAAUUUGAAUAUGGAUUCAGAUGAUGAACAAAUUACUGAUGAAAACGUUGGAAAUUCAAUUGGGGAUGAGGUGACGGGACUCCGAGCCAAACGACUAAUUGCAACGUUGAUAUGUCUGUUUGUACUUUUUAUUAUUAGUUUAAUCACAUUAGCUCUGAAUAUUUGGAUUAUUUCAACGCUACGAAUGAACUCAAAUGGUGUCCCAUUUUUGCGAUUUUAUUACAGUUUUAACGAGAAAACCAAGGAAAUGGAGAAGACAGUGGAAAUGACUGGAAACCAGUUGAAAUUUGAAAAGGUGGUUUCAAAUAAGAUAGUAGGAUUCCCGGACAAGGAUAUUACGAUUACUGCUCCACGGAUGUUGGUGACGUCACGACAAAACGAUAGCCUGUUGGUGAUGAGUGAGAAGCUGUGUAAAUUGGAAAGAGUCAACAAUUUUCAGGUUCUUUCCCCAAAAGACGGUCGUACCCUAUUCUCAGCUCGCCACCCUACAGUAACCAUUGACAAACGUAUCAAGAAACUGGCAGCUGAAAGAAUAAUAACCAAUAAAAUUCGAUCGGCAGUCGACGAGACACUCAAAAUAAACGGGGAGAAUGUUGUGCUACGUGGCAAUGAGCAAGUCCGGAUUGACGCGAGGAAUGUGAAUUUUGAGGGACUGAAGCGAAUGGUCUUCAAUAUUUCGCGAGACGGAAUACUCCAUAUGCGUGGCCGAGUACGCCUGGGCGAUGGAGCCGCAAGUCUACCAAUGUCCACAUCACCAUCCCUCUCGGCCAGUCUAGAUGGAAUGCGGCUCUGUGCGUGUGCUCAAUUCAAUCAUAAACUAUUUAUAGUACCUGCUAAUAAGCAUUGUUUCACUAGUAAUACUUUUUGUUCUUGAAUGUUUUGAGGUUGUAAAAUUAAUAAGUGCAUAUAUAAUAAAUAUUGGUUUUUU